AUGACUCGGCUAUUCCGAUCCAAAUCUUGCGGACUGGUCGAGUUCAACCCUUCUCCGCCAAGUCCAUUUUUUCACAAUGUGAAAGAUGAGGACGAAGAAGAAGAAGAUAGUGACGACUAUGAAGAUGAUUCAAGCAACCCCGUUUCAACGCCGUUCAUCAAUCCAGUGUCAAAAGCAGGUGGUCGUGGCUUCCAAUCACAAAAUCAGCACCAGUUUGCCAUAUUGGAUAUUCUGGUGGCUGCGCUCAAGAAGUCAUUGGUUAGUUGCAGUGUGGAGAGGGAGGAUGUUUCUUCUUCCUUGGAUAUUAGCUGGCCAACGGAGGUUCGCCAUGUCUCUCAUGUUACCUUUGAUAGGUUCCAUGGCUUUCUUGGUUUGCCCACUGAGCUAGAGCCCGAGGUUCCAAGGAGGGUGCCUAGUGCCAGUGCAAAGGUAUUUGGAGUUUCGGCAAAGUCAAUGCAGUGCUCUUACGAUGAAAGGGGGAACAGUGUCCCAACGAUUCUGCUGAUGAUGCAAAAGCGAUUGUAUUCAGAGGGAGGCCUUAAGGCAGAAGGAAUAUUUCGAAUAAAUGCUGAUAACAGCCAAGAAGAGUUGGUUCGUAAUCAGUUAAACAGAGGUCUAGUGCCACGUGGAAUCGACGUUCAUUGUUUAUCUGGUUUGAUGAAGGCUUGGUUUAGAGAGCUUCCAACUGGGGUACUUGAUUCUCUCACCCCAGAACAGGUGAUGCACUGCAAUUCAGAAGAGGAUUGUACUAAUCUUGUCAAGCUACUUCCUUCAACAGAAGCUGCACUGCUUGACUGGGCAAUCAAUUUGAUGGCAGACGUUGUUGAAAAUGAACAGUUCAACAAGAUGAAUGCACGCAAUAUUGCUAUGGUUUUUGCGCCCAACAUGACACAGAUGGCCGACCCUUUGACUGCAUUGAUUCAUGCAGUGCAAGUCAUGAACUUCCUUAAGACAUUGGUUCUGAAGACCCUUCGAGAGAGACAUGAAUCAAUUGCCAAGGCGACAGAGUUUUCAUCUCCCUCCUGCAAAGGCGAUUCACAUCCUUUUAAAAUUAUAAGUGAGGGAUGUUGCGAGCAAACAGAGGAUACUUGUGCCACAGUCAAGAGUAAGUUAUGGAGGACUUGUUCUACCUUGGGAAGAAUAGAAUGGUGUAUUGAGGAGAAACUUUGGAGCUCUGAGGAGAAGGGAAAUGGAAGCCUGGAAUUUGAAUCUGUUUCAGGUGGUAGCUCACCUUCUAGUUCUAGAUAUGAGAGUAAUCAUGCUUUAGAAAAUAGAUAUGACAGCGAACAUUGGCUGAGAUUGAGAAAAGGAGUGCGCAGGCUAUGCAGGCACCCUGUAUUUCAAUUCAGCAGGCCAACUAAGAAGCCUGCUGGUCUUGGCAUUAUAAAUACUAGGUAAGCAAGUGGAGAGGCUUGGACCUAA